AUGGAUAAUCAAUGUUAUGUGUCAGGUUCAAUGUUACCACUUCAUUUUCAUUGCAAUAAGCACACCCCAAUGCAACGAUUCAUUUGGUUUUCUAACUAUGCAUAUUUUGUGACUAUUCUUUCUCUCUCUCAUACCAUGUGUCACACUUUCCCUCUUUCUCUCUCUCAAUGCACAUCUCACUCUUCCUCUUCUUCAAACUUCUCUCUUCCUAUUCUUUCUUCAUGUUCUUCUUCUGCAACUUUGAUUAUUUAUUCUAAUUUGGUUUACGCUAGUGAACCAGAAUCUGUGAGUGCGUUCGAACUUCAAACUCAAAAACAUUGUCAUUUUUCUCCGCAACUACAACCGUUCCUCAAAACCUCACCUUCACAUCCCCUACUAAACCCUCAUUUACUUCAUCUCAGUCCACCUUCUACAGAAGCAUCACCACCUCUCCACAAAUCACACGCGCUCACGCGCCUCCUUUUUCUCAUCCAGCCACACCCACCGCUGCCUCAUCCUUCCAUGGCAUCUGCUACAUCGUCAGUGACAACAUUAACACCAUCAGAUCAUCCCUGCCAAACAUAUCACUCUAGUCCCUUCCAAGCCUGA